AUGGCCCUUUCCACGAGCUGCAGGAGGUUGCUCUUUUUGGGCGUGGAGAAGUCCAGUGCCGUCUUCGUGUACGACAUCACCAACCCCCGGAAGCCGCUGUGGCAAUCCGCGGUGUACCCCGGCAUGCACAACACCACCUGGGCGGAGCUAUUUAACGAGAAACUCAUAACAGACGUGGACCCGGAAGCGGUUGAGUUCAUCGACGAGGAGCACAGCCCAACAGGAGAGCCGCUGUUGGUGGUCGCCGGCUCUUUGAGCGGCACGGUGUCCAUCUACAGGGUGUCGAACUUCCUUCCUGUGGGCGCCAGCGCCCCGAAAACUUCCAGACGAACAGCUGGCGUCAUAAUCCCUACCGCUGACCCUACUACCACCGUUGCUGUCAAUGCACGACUCAUCAGCAAGGUAGAGCCAGAUGAUUAG